ACUGGCGAGUGGCGAAUAAACAAACGGGGCAACGGGGUCAUAGUCAUUCUAAUGUUUGAUGCUGUGCGUGCAGUAAUUGUGAUAUAUUUAUAAACAAGUGAAAUCUACCAGUUAUAAUAGAAAUUGUGAUAUGAAAAUUGUACCAAAGCUAUUACUAGGCUAUGGGGUCAUUCUCGCAAACAAAAAUAAAUCCGAGAGAGCUGCUUUUCUGGGGGUAGUUAGUGCUGCAAGUAUGUAUCUCGUCGAGCAUUACAGACAAGACAAGGUACGCCACGCCAUGGCAAAGGAUUUGGCUCGUUUAGACCAAGAACUGUCCCAAGUUAGAAAGGAACUGGAUCAUUUGCUCACUAAAACUAGCGAAAAAUCCAAUAAAUCCAGAAGAAGUAAAGUAAGAAAGGCCCGCUCCAUAGUAUCAACAUCUACUGGGGAUGGGGAUGAAUAUUUAAGCUCUGCCAAUCUGGACAGUUCUGAUCUAGAAUUUUAUGAUCUCAGUGACAACGAAAAUGACAAUAACUCUAUCAAUAUGGAAGAAAUUCUGAAUAUCAUAGAUGUUAAAUUGAAUAGUGGUGUUUUCAAAGAAGUAGACGAGGCGUUAAUUAAAUUAAGAGAUUUAUGUAUAGAACACCCUGAAAACUCCGAAUUGCUCUGGCGUAUUGGGAAAGCCCAUAAGAAGAUAGCAGAUUUUAAUGAUGACAAAGAAGUGAUUAAGGAAAAUGUUUAUAAUGGAAUUGACGCUUGUGAAGCAUCGCUACGGUUAAAAGAAGACAGCUCAGAGGCCCACAAGUGGUUUGCUAUUCUAGUUGGCGAUCGGUGUAGCUUCGGCUCCAUUUCUGAAAAACUUGCGGAUGGAGCUCUGUUCAAAAAACAUGUGUUGAGAGCUUUGGAAAUACAUCCCUUGGAUGGAACUCUACACCAUUUGAUGGGCCACUUCAAUUAUGAAGCAGCUGGAUUGAAAUGGUAUGAACGGAAGGUGGCAUCAACCUUUUUUGGUGACCCUCCAAGCUCUACCUAUCCUGACGCCCUUCAAAACUUCCUGGAAGCUGAGAAAAUUGUAGAUUAUGAUUGGAAAUCAAACAAAUUGAUGAUAGCCAAAUGUCUUAUACAAAGUGGGGAAUAUAAAGAGGCUGUUGAGUGGUUGGAUAAAGCCAAAAAUAGUAAUAAUGAUGGUAAACCGGAUGAAGCAGCAGAUUCUGAAAUACAGGUUCUUUUGGAAAAAUACAAUAGCUAUAGGUAGUUUUAUAAUAUGUUGAACUCAUUGACUAUGUUUUAACUGUGGUGUACUGUCUUUUUAUAUCGCAUUCCUUUAUAAUGUUAUACAUUAUGGUUUCCUUAUGUGUUCGAAAAAGUUAGCUUAUAUAUCGAGAGUUUAAUGGAGGUUACAUUGAACUUUCUUCUAUUUUUUUAACUAAUAAAAAUUUUUAAAGAGCUCGUUAUCUUAGAGUUUUUGUGAUACAAACAUCAAUAUACUCAAAGGGGAUAUAUUAUACAUUGUGAAAAAGUCACCAAAAUAUGUAAACAUUGUAUAUUGAAUCUCCCAAAAAAUAUCCCCACAUCGGUUUCUUCAUUCUUAAUAAAAAAUACUAAAUCAUACAACAGGCAAGCUACUUUAGCAUAUUCAAAAACAGGUUGUAUACAGCCAAAGUUUCUUUAUUUGUUAUUACUUAGGUACUUAUUUACUUAAUCCUCUUGGUUCCGUUCGGAACAUAGGGCUUCUACGGUUCUCUUCCACUUGCUUCUAUCUUUUGCAUCUAUUUUUAUUUCUGUCCAUGUUUUAUUUAUGUUUUCUAAUUCUUUCUCGGUACUUCUCUUCCAGGUUUCUGAUGGCCUUCUACUUCGUCUGUUUCCUGUCGGCUUAUAUUCAAGGACUUCUUUUGUUAUGUCUUUUUCUUUUUUUAGUAAAUGGCCUAUCCAAUUCCACUUCCUUCUUUUAAUUGGCAACUAACUGGUUCUUCUUUCGUCCUUCUCCACAAUUCCUCAUUGGAUAUUAAAUGUGGCCAAUAUAUAUUCCUUCUAUUCUCCUAAGGCAUUUGUUAAUAAAUACCUGAACCUUAUUCAAGUUAGUUUUGGAUAUUUUCCAGGUUUCAGUUACAUAGAGUAAGACACUUUUUACAUUAGUGUUAAAGAUCCUUAUUUUCGUGUUUUUGGAUAGUUCUCUAGAUUUCCGUAUAUUGUUUAACGAGUGGUAUGCUAAUUCGGGCUUUACUAUUUCUGUUUUCUACGUCUUCAUCUAUUUUUCCUUUAUUAUCGAGUAUACUUCCUAGGUAGUUGAUUUUUUUCUACAUUUUCAAUUAUUUCUUAUUCAUUUAUGUAUAUUCCCAUCUCCCUAGAUGUAUUAAUUUUCAUUAUUUUUGUUUUCCGGAUAUUGAUGUGCAUACCCAUUUUUUGUGCCUCUUACUAUUAUUUCGGUUUUGUUUCUGCAUGUAUUGCCUCUUUUCUGAGAAGAGCAAGCAGAAGUCAUCUGCAAACUGCAAAUCUUCAAGUUGAUUGAACACAUUCCAUCGUAUUCCUGUUUUGUUUUUGAUUGCAUUGGUCAGGAUCGAGUCUAUUGCAAUGAUAAAUAGUGUCGGUGAUAGGACGCAGCCCUGUCGAACUCCAGUGUGUAUUUGUAUGUGUAUGUAUGUUAGUGUUAAGGGGGGGGGGUAAGUGUAAUCACAAUGUGAAUUUUUAAGCCUAGUGUUAUAAAAUUAUCGUUAAUUAGUAUUUUGUUGUAUAUGAAACGUUGUGUUUGUUGUGCUAUUUGGUGUAUUGGUUUUUGUAACUAUCUUUAAUUUAUUACAACUAUGGCGCCAAGAAAAAAAUAAAAUAAUAAUAGUCUCCUAUUUUAUACCGCUGACGCGGCUUUGGGAUUAUAGCAGGGUAGUCUGCUAUAUCUAGGGCCUACGGUAUACAAGGAAGGUAACAGGGCCAGUGCUACGCUUCAACCGCCUAUUAUUACCUCUGGUUUUACCUAAGGUACUCAUUUUAUUCAGGCUGAGUCGACCUGGGGCCUAUAGACAUUUUAAAAAUGUCUAGUUGUCCUUGCCGGCGCUGGGAUUUGAACCCCGGCCUACCAGCACUCGAGCCAAGCAUACUACCGCCUGAGCUACGCCGGUCCAAAAAAAAUAUAUUAUAUUAUACAAAUAUCGAUUCGAAAGUUUUUAAAAGUUUUAAUUGUGUAUAUUUUAGGAUUUCUAACAUGAUUAGCCAUUUUAUUAUUAUAAUCUUCUUAAGUUUUAUCCUUAUUCUUAAUGAAAAUAUUUACAGUAUAAGUUCAAUUGAAUGUUCAAAAGUAAAGUUUAUUAAGCCUCGAUAUAAAGGUACCUACCACACUUUUAUAUGAUGUAUUAAUAUAUAAUUUAAAAUAUAAAUUUUAUAAUAUGUACUAUUGUAAUGUUUAAAACAUUUUGUUGGUAGUUAUGGAAAGACUGCUGUUAUAUUAUGUGUAAAAUCUAAGGUUCCGCUGUUAAGUAUAAACAUUGCUGUUAGCUAUUGAUAUUGUUUUUUAUUGAGUGCGAUAAAUGUUUGCGAGUUCAUGUACUCAGUGUUGUAAUUUUCAAAGAAAUCACAAUGUUUGAAUACAUAAACUUAACAAGUAAUCAUUUUAUUCACAUGCAAAAGAUUUUAAUUUAUCAAUGAAAAUUGUAAUAUUGACAAGUCGGUGAUUUGAGUACAUGAGUACUUAAAAGUCAUUUGCUCACUUAUUAUUUUUCAUUUUGCAUCUGAGUGCCACUACGAUUUUUUUGUAGAUAUUGUGAUAUUGAAUUUUUAUUACAUAUGAUUAAAUUGUCGGUAAUUCCGCUUUUAAUCGACAAGGUUCCUGGUUGAUUAACUGAAUGACUAUAGUCCGUCCCACCUCGUCUUUACAGUAUUAGGAACAUAGGCAAUGCAGUCCUUAUGAGAGUUUUUAGCGCGGUGAUGCCGAUUUUAUCAAAAAUAAUUUGUAAUCAAACAUUAGAUAGAUUAAAUUAAAACUGUUUUAGAAAGGCAAUCUACAAUUUUAGGAUUCAUAUGCGUAAUAACUAUAGUAUCUCAAAUAAACUUGAACGCAUAUGAUUCCUAAAAUUGUAGAUUGCCUUUCUACUAAAACAGUUUUAGUUUAAGCGAAAUGAAUUUCGACUCAAUUCAAGCUUUCUGCUUAACCCAGGUAUAACAUACCAAAAGGCACCGCCAGGAAAACAUUCCACUUUGCGGUUCAGAGAGCCCAUAUGAAACGAGUCUUUGUACUCUAUGCAGAGUAUGGCAUUAACAAAAUAAGAAAAUCUACGGUUUCGUUUUGAUUAAAAUCUGUCUUCCUCCAUCCCCCGAUAGCACUAUUUCUAGGUCUACCUGUUGUCAAGGAGGCUCUAAGGAAGACAGAUUUUUACCAUUCCGACCGUAGAUUGUCGAUAUAAAUUAAAAUAAUUUAUAUCGCAAUAUGGAUAGAACGCCCUCUAACGGGGAAUAAGCGAAAUGAAUUUCGACUCAAUUCAAGCUUUCUGCUUAACCCAGGUAUAACAUACCAAAAGGCACCGCCAGGAAAACAUUCCACUUUGCGGUUCAGAGAGCCCAUAUGAAACGAGUCUUUGUACUCUAUGCAGAGUAUGGCAUUAACAAAAUAAGAAAAUCUACGGUUUCGUUUUGAUUAAAAUCUGUCUUCCUCCAUCCCCCGAUAGCACCAUUUCUAGGUCUACCCGUUGUCAAGGAGGCUCUAAGGAAGACAGAUUUUUACCAUUCCGACCGUAGAUUGUCGAUAUAAAUUAAAAUAAUUUAUAUCGCAGUAUGGAUAGAACGCCCUCUAACGGGGAAUAAGCGAAAAUUAUAUCGAUUAAGCGAUUAAUUUAUAUCGACAAUCUACGGUCGGAAUGGUAAAAAUCUGUCUUCCUUAGAGCCUCCUUGACAACGGGUAGACCUAGAAAUAGUGCUAUCGGGGGAUGGAGGAAGACAGAUUUUAAUCAAAACGAAACCGUAGAUUUUCUUAUUUUGUUAGAGCCUUCUUCCUUAGAGACUCCAUGACAACGGGUAGACCUAGAAAUAGUGCUAUCGGGGGAUGGAGGAAGACAGAUUUUAAUCAAAACGAAACCGUAGAUUUUCUUAUUUUGUUAAUGCCAUACUCUGCAUAGAGUACAAAGUCUCGUUUCAUAUGGGCUCUCUGAACCGCAAAGUGGAAUAUUUUCCUGGCGGUGCCUUUUGGUAUGUUAUACCUGGGUUAAGCAGAAAGCUUGAAUUGAGUCGAAAUUCAUUUCGCUUAUUCCCCGUUAGAGGGCGUUCUAUCCAUACUGCGAUAUAAAUUAUUUUAAUUUAUAUCGACAAUCUACGGUCGGAAUGGUAAAAAUCUGUCUUCCUUAGAGCCUCCUUGACAACGGGUAGACCUAGAAAUAGUGCUAUCGGGGGAUGGAGGAAGACAGAUUUUAAUCAAAACGAAACCGUAGAUUUUCUUAUUUAGUUUUAGUUUAAUCUGUCUAAUGUUCGAUUACAAAUUAUUUUUAAUAAAAUCGGCAUCACCGAGCUAAAAACUCUUAUGAGGACUGCAUUGCCAGGGCCCCCGCUCCCAUAUGUGCAAAGUGUGCAAUGCACACGAGCGCCAUGCUUUGGGGGCGCCAAAACCCGGGGUCAAAAAUUGCAAAAAAAAACAAACAAAAAAACCAAAAAUUAAUUUUAAAGUAAAAGUUGAGAAAUAUAAAUAGGAUAGAUAUAAAUAGGAGAAAAAGAGGAGAAAAACAGAAUACUUCGGCGAUGUAAUUGGAGGAUAUACAUACCAUCUUCUUCGCCUCAUAAUACAAGGAAAAGGGGAGGGAAAGAGACGGAGUUGUCGAAAGAAACUUUCAUGGUGGCGUAAUAUUAGAUAAUGGUGUGGAACCAUAGUAGAAAAAUUAUUUUUCGCAGCAGCCGAUAGAGAAGGGUUUCAGAAACUUGUAAACAUAAUGACGGCCAAGCUCUUAAUACGAAGAAUAAGGACACGGUACCUAAAUAAAAAGAAGGUAUAAAUACACACGAAAUUUUAUUAGUAUAAUAUCAUCCAGUUACUACUGAUUCUUAUGUGCUAGAACAUGUCAGAAGUCAGGUAUUUUAAUUUAUUUUGUUAUGAUUUUGUUCUGUUUGUUUCAUUUUGAUAUUUUAGUCUACAAAGAAUAAUCCAUUUACUAACGGUUUAUGCUGUGAAUUUUAACGAACCGCUUAUAUUGACAUGAAAUUUGGCAUACACAUAGUUAACAUGUCAAUGAAAAAAAAAGUGAUAUUGUGUCGAUGUGUGCUUUUUCCCUCGGGGUGAGUUUCACCCCUAAUUAUACACAACCAAAUGACUAAUUCUACACAACUUUUGUUCUAUAAUUUGUUUUUAAGUCAAUACUUUUCGAGUUAUUUGCGAGUGAAUAUACAUAAAUAUGUCCAUUUUUCAAUAAAAACCCCACACUAAGCACACUAUCACUUUUUUCUUUGACAUGUUAGCUAUGAUGUAUAUGCCAAAUUUAAUGUCGAUCCAAGCGCUUCUUUAAAAUUCGGAGGUUUUGUAAUAUUUUACCGUGAGUGAAUGGACUAUAAAUAUGACUUCUAAAGUUCAGUUUCUUGAUUUAUUUCAAGCAUCUACCUACCUUCAAAAAAAUAAAAAAUAAAACAUGAUCCAAAAUUCCUUAAGGGCGCCAAAAUCCCUUUUUGCACACAGGCGCCAGUAACCCUUACGGGGGCCCUGUGCAUUGCCUAUGUUCCUAAUACUGUAAAGUCAAGGUGGGACGGACUAUAGAACCGAAUGAACAGUGGGUGAAAGUGGUAGAGCCUGUUUUUCCUCUUUUCCUAUCAAGGUAACGAUACACAGUGUGGUAAUGUUUUCUGUGCACUCAAUUUUAAAGUGUAUAUACAUCGUAAAUGUUUAGCUCUUAGAAUUUCUAGCCUGUCUAAUAAAUUUAUGUCUAUUGAAUCUUAUCGAAGGUUUCUAAAUCUAUAAAAUGCAUGAAUUCUGUCUAAUUAUAUUCAAUGACUUUUUUCUGUUUAGUUGUGUGACGAAUGUUUUUGACUGGUCAAUACAUUUUGUUUAAUGUGCGCGCUGUUUUAACAAUUUUAUUCAAGAAACGCAAAUCUCAGCUGAAUAGUUUUCUCAACUGGCUGACGCAAUGUUUAUAUUGAAUUCAGUUCAAUUGUUAAUUAUUUGCAAACAAAUAAAACCAUUUUAUUUAAAA